GACUGUGAACACUGACUGCACCCCAAGCCAUCUCACCUCACCUACAUCAUUGCCUGACUUUACUAAUUGGCUGAAUGAGCAAAAUGGCAGUUAGCUCAGCAGUUGAGUCCAGCCAGUGUUCUAGCAUUGACUCUUUCUAAAACGUUUAGUUUCUAGCUAGCAUAAAAUAUUUUGCACAAAAGCCACAGUCAGAAAGUGUCUUUAAACACUGUCUAGGAUGUAACAAAAAAUUUGCUGCUUAGGAGGGAGAAAAAGGUAAAAAUCUGGCUAGCAUCUACAUCCAAGUCGAACACUAUUAGCAUAAUUAUGUUAACAAUGUUGUACGUGGAAAUGGAGGACACGUGAUCUUUGAUACUGUGUGAACGUGUGUGUGUGUGUGAGUCUUGUGUGAUUGUAGUCAGUGAAAUAGCAUCUUUUACACACACACACACACACACACACACACACACACACACUCACACAAAUUGAGACACUGGGCAAAAUCAUUCAGCGCCACACAUUCUGAAUGAGGAACAGAUCUUCGAGAUCAGACCACAGAGAUCAGCAACAUAGAUAAAGGAGCUAGAGGCUAGGGCUGCCAGCCCCCCACACACACACACACACACACACACACACACACACACACACACACACUCUUACUAUUCCUUGUCAGUGGAGCACAGUAACAACAAACACUGUUUUAUGUUUGAGUUUCCUUCAUCUAAAGAUUUUCUCAAAAGAUACUGAUACUAGAGUCUCCUCGUGUCAACACCUUCCACAUGCUGUUGCUUAACCUGUGGAGCAAACAGGCCUGCAGGUCAGCACACGCUUCCAGACAGACAAAUCAAGUUUGAGUAAAUGACAUUGGACCGCAAGAGGAGGGUGGAGUUGUGACGAUGCAGCUGUGGGCCCAAAUAUGGCAACUUGUACUGCUCCCCCUGCUGCUGCUACCAGCAUCAUUCUGCAGUACGUGUCCCCAACAAUGCUACUGCUCGAACCCAGGUUCCAUUUUCUGCAUACAGCGACGUGCUUCCACCAUGCCCCUCAACCUGCCUGCCUCCACACACAGUCUGUUUGUGUUUCAGAAUGGAAUUAACUUUCUUCAAGAGAAGGAUUUUCAUGGUCUGGUUCAUCUAGAAAUGCUAGACCUUAGCCAGAAUGAACUUUCAAUGAUUCCUAAUGGGGUUUUUGGUGCUCUUCAAUCCCUGCAUAAUCUCGACCUCUCUUCAAACAAAAUUACUCAAAUCUCUAAAGACAGCUUUGAUGGGUUGGUGAAUCUAGAGAGGUUGUAUAUUCACAACAAUCGAAUCCAAAGCAUUCACCCAGCUGCAUUUAAGGGACUGGAGCAUCUGUUGGAGUUGAAGCUUCAGGGCAACCAGAUCAGUCUACUUCCUGUUCUGCAUCUUCCCAAGUUGCUGUUACUUGACCUCAGCUUUAACAAUAUUCCUCCUCCUGAACCUGCUGACCUGCAGACACCACAUUUAGAGUCACUUAAGUUGGCUGGGCUGGGCCUGACCGCUUUGGAUGAAGGAUUACUGAGAAGCCUGGGCAAUCUCCAUGAUCUAGAUUUAUCUCAGAACAAGCUAGUAAGAAUGCCACCUGCAUUAAUAUCUGCAAAGGGAAUAACUCGCCUCAACCUAUCAAAUAACCCUCUAGGCCCUCUUCGCCAGGAGGACUUUAAAAACUUAGUAGGAUUGCAAGAGCUCGAUCUCAGUAGCCUGAACCUGCAGGGUUUUCCUGUGGACUUUUUCCAUGUGUUUCCCAAGCUAAAUCACCUAACGACUGCAGAGAACCCUUUCAAUUGUGUUUGUUCACUGUCCUGGUUUCCCAAUUGGAUGAAGAAUGCAAAAGUGGAGCUUGGACGUAUCGAAGAGACACGCUGCCACUUUCCUCUCAUAAAUGCAGGCAGGAUGCUUUCUGAGCUGGAACACAAAGACUUUGGCUGCCCUACCACCAUCACUGAACUGUCUGAUGUACUUACCAGUAGCAGCAGGCAUAAUACCCCAGACCCAACCACUACUCCACAUACCACCAAUAAUGUCCUUCCUUUUGUCCCCAGUGAGGAAUCACCAGUUGAGCCAAACCAGCAACUGCCUCCUGAGGCCUCUGCUUCUCCCCGAAGUGGUAAGGAACAUAAGGAACAUAUGUGCCCUCCAAAUAUCUGCCUGAAUGGUGGCACAUGCAAGUUUGACCAAAGAGGGGAAAUAAAUUGCCUGUGCCCUGUGGGUACAAUGGGGAUCUACUGUGAAAACCAAGAUGAGUCACAAACUCCUCCAUUGUCCCCAAGUGUUUCUGUGGUGACAGUUCCUUUAAUAAAACCAGAUCAGAUUAGCUUUCAUCAUGUAAAGAGCACCUCGAUUUCUUUGGACCUGCAUCAGUACAUUGAGGCCCGGCCCAACAUCCGUGGCAUUCGUCUGACUUAUCGCAACCUGUCUGGACCCGACCGCAGACCUCUCCAACUCAACGUACCUGCUUCAUACCCAGAGUACACACUGAGAGGGCUACAGCCCAACUGCACCUAUUCAAUAUGUGCCAGUCCUCUGGAUGAGCCUGUAGAGGAAACAACCCACACCUGCAUGGAGGCUAAAACUGCUGGAGUCUCUCUGCAGCCCACUGUGGAUAGGCCUGAACAUUUUCCCUUUCUUGUACCCAUCCUGGGAGCAGUAGCGGUUGCUAUGACAGUAGUAAUAGUUGCAGCAGUGGCAGUGGUUUUACGAAGAAAACGAGUGAAAUGUCCCACAGAUAUGGAUCUCGGAGAACCCACCCCUUUCGAAUUAGAAGGCGUGAAAAUGGGUUUGGAGAACGGAACAGCACACCAGAAACAGACUGAGAUUUCACCAUACCUGCCAGCAUCUCAGAACAGCAUGGAUUACGAGGUCCCGUUGAUCUCCGAACAAUUUGCGUCGAACAACAACACGGAUCAGAGGAUACCUUCAUACUUUUAAUGCUCAGACUGCCAAGCACCUAGGAAGAGGUGCACUCUAAUAACCCCUGCAGGCGGGUCAAGUGCAAACAUAGUGUUGUCGUGUGCUUCGAGUGUUCGAGACGACUUUAUGUCAAAGUAUUGUAACAAAGUGCAAUGGCUAAAUGAGGUAUUCCUUGUUGCAUAAAGUGCCUUUCUGCAUGUCCGGCUUCAACUGUUCUCUAAUGCUUUUGAAAGGACAGACUAUGCCCGAGAUUACGCCAGUGUUUGGUCCCAGACAUAACCAGAGCCAAAUCUGAAAGCAUAUCUGCCUUCGUAGUGCAGUUUUUUUUUUCACCUGGUUUUGUGCUUUUCCAAGAGGAUUAAUGCCAACUUUGAAACAUGAUACAAAACAGGAUUGACUGCUCAUCGUAAGAAAAUUAUAUUAUAAGAGAAUCUUUAUUUCCUUUCCAAAAACAUACACUGGCAUGAGAUUGUGGUCUAUGUCUGCUCUUCCGGGGGAAAAAAAGCAAAAAAAAGAAUAUGAUGCACUGAUAAGAACUCAUUUAAAAAUGGUUAUAUUUGAGAACGUGAUUAAGAGACAGGUUGAUCAGCGGUCAUUCCUUCAUGCUGCAGCUUCAGGAACAUUUUCUUUCCUGGCCCUCUAAUUUUUCUUCUUUUGCUGUGAAUGAAAAAAAAAAAACUACAAAUGAUGAAGAGACUGUUUACCCUUCUGUAUAGUUUGUAUUGUGUAUAUGUGAAUAUUGUGUUUUUCAGCUGAUUUUUAUUUUUCUACAAUUCUUUUUAUAUAUAUAUAUUUCUCCACACUACAGACAUUAUUAUCAGAGCCUCAGUGUUUGAUUAAUUGGUAAUCAGGAGCACUUGGAUGAUGAACGGCCGGCCGGCCGUGUCUUCAUUUAGUACAAAAGUGCUGAGACACUUUCCACACAAAGACCUGAAGGGAACUUUAGGGCGUCAGUCAGCAAAUUUGGCCACGAUUCUUGAAAUUAUAUCCCAGUUGUAUACAUGUGUGUGAGUGUGAACUUUUCCUGUCUGUGAAAAUCUUCAAAGCCAAGUGAAUGUUGUUUAUACUAAGAAUGUCUGGAGCUGAAAUUUCUAACACGUUACAGGAAAAAUCCAGCCUGAACCACUUGAGUUGCCUUCUUUUAGAUGUUUCUGACAUGGAUUUUUACCCAAAAUACUGUUCUGCUUGCUUGUUGUGAUGCAACAGGAUUUAGCUCUUGCAUUGCCUUUGCCUAAAAUAAACGAUUCAGCGGCACUUUA